CAUUUGCAAAUAGUAUAAAGAAACAAUGUUCGACUAGUUACUUCCUAAUGUUGGUACAACUGGAAAUACAGCAGCAUAACGCAUCGUUGGUUGUCCUUUCGGAUUCGAUCGUUCUUUCAGUAUAGCAAGAUGGCUGAUCAGAGCGAGCGUGCGUUCCAGAAGCAACCUACGAUCUUUCUUAACCGCAAGAAAGGUCUCGGCCCAAAAAGGAGGAAGCCGAUGCGGUAUAGCCGCAAUGUAGGUCUCGGUUUCAAAACACCACGUGAGGCUUUGGAAGGAACCUACAUUGACAAGAAAUGUCCGUUUACUGGUAACAUUUCUAUCAGAGGUCGCAUUCUUACCGGAGUAGUACAGAAGAUGAAAAUGCAAAGGACUAUUGUCAUACGUAGGGAUUACCUACAUUACAUUCGAAAGUACAACCGUUUUGAAAAGCGUCAUCGCAAUAUGAGUGUCCAUCUGAGUCCAUGUUUUAGGGAUGUAGAAAUUGGUGAUGUAGUAACAAUUGGAGAAUGCAGACCUCUCAGCAAAACAGUCAGAUUUAAUGUCCUAAAGGUUUCUAAAGGAACGGGCUCUAAAAAAAGUUUCAAGAAAUUUUAAAGUUAUAAAAUUUAUGAUCUGCGGAACGGUUGACACUUAGGAACAACAGCGGAAAGGAAAGGAAAAUUACCACCUCGAUUUGUAUCUUAUAAUGUUACAAAUUAAUAAAUAAAAACAUUUCAUACAGAA